GUGUUUUGGUCACUCGGUCGGUGAUCACAGAUCUCAGCCAACUCACUGCACACAAAAAAUACCGUCGCUACUCAGAGAGAAAUUUGAUCCAGACCAGUAUUCUCUGUUUCGAAAGCAUUCCUCUAACCUCUUCAAUCCGAUUCCUCUAACGGAAAAAAAAAAAGAAAACUUUAACGUGUUCUCCCGUUAUUUCCCACCGAACCCCGGCCUUCGAGAACAUCUGGAAAGUGACCAAAACGCGACAUAUUCCAGAAUAGGAGGCGAGGCUCCGCCCCCUACAAUUUGGUUCGCUGGAGUCACAUGUUGUUGCGCGUAGAUUUCCUGUUCUUCGCGUUGAUAGGUCUGCCAGGUCAUCAAUCACAGACAUGGGCGGGGCGAAGGGUUGGAUUGAGGGGGGUGGUCCGGAGGAGGCGCUGCUGUCAAAUGUGUUCCUCAUUCUUGUCAAAAGCCGCCGCCGCUUAACUUGUGGGCAGCAGCUCCGCUCCGGGAAAUGUACACAUGACCUUAAAACAAACAUGAAAAGCGCGUGUAUCUUCCGAGGAGAAGGCACCGCGCAACCUGAAGCUCCGUUUAUUUCGGGUUGGAAAACCGCCUGGUGAGUGGCGCUCCGAUCGGUUAACCCUUUGUUCUGGAUGCGCUCGCGCGCGCUGCUGGCUGUUAGUGUUAACUUUGCUCUAAGUCUAAGCGAUUUCGUCCUUUUUCCUGAGAAACAAAAACAAAAAACAUAACAAUUGUGUUGGCGAAAUAGAGCGAGGGCACUUGUUGCGUACAGAUCACCCUUGAGCAGCUCUCUUAGAAUUCAGUGUGGAAGAGAAGUCAGAACUCGGACUUCACUUGAUUCAAUGAUUGAUGCUCUUCCGAAAGUGUGCGGCUCGAUUGCAGAACACGCAGUGUGACUGAGUAAGUGAGUGUUGGUGUGUGUGAGAGCGAGCCGGAGCUGCGCUCUCGGGAUGUGAGACACACGGAGCGGGUGAAUUUAACACACGUUGGAGUCCGAAGCGACACGGUGACGGUCCCCCUGUGGACGGAAUGACAGUGCGGGGGGACAACAUCAUUGUGUCGAGCGCCCUUUAGAGUAGAGAAGAGAAGAGAAGAGAAAAGAAGAGAAGAGAAGCUCUGCACACCGUUGGGAUGUCGGAACGGGAGGCCUGUGGCACUGAGCUCUGCGGGGAAGGGCUGCCCAGGGCGGCCCGGCGGAGCGGAGUGCUGCUCCCGAUGGCUGAGGACGCGGACGCCGUGACCCCGGAGGCGGGAAAAGCGACGCCCCGCAGGAGCAGCAUCAUAAAGGACCCCAUGGCACAGAAAACCAGCGGUGGACGGAAGAAGACGGUGUCCUUCAGCAGCAUGCCUUCAGAAAAGAAGGUGAGCAGUGCAGCGGACUGCCUGGCCUUCAUGCAGUGUGGCUGCGAGCUGAAGAAGGUGCGCCCCAACUCCCGCAUAUACUGCCGUUUCUACACUUUGGACACGGAGAUGGCCUGCUUACGCUGGGAACCCUCCAAGAAGGAUGGCGACCGUGCUCGCCUGGACAUCAGUGCCAUCCGCGAGGUGCGCACGGGCAAGAGUACUGACACUUUCCGGCACCAUGGACCCGCUGAGCAGCUUCCUGAAGAGGCUGCCUUCUCCAUCAUAUAUGGUGACGGCUACCAGUCCCUGGACCUGGUUGCCCUUUCCCCCGAUGUAGCCAACAUCUGGGUGACAGGCUUACGCUACCUGGUGUCCCACCCAGCACCGUGCUGCGAGGGGGAUGAAGGCAGCCCCGGCAGCCGGAUGCGCCGUGACUGGCUGGCUGCCGAGUUCGCCCUGGUGGACCAGGAUGGCUAUGGCGUAGUGCCUGAGGAUACAGCCGUGACUGCCAUCUCUAGGCUCUGUCCUGGUAUCAAGGAAACCAAGGUACGACUCAGGUUUAAAGAAAUCCAACGCAGUAAGGAGAAGCUUACCUCCCACGUAACCCUUGAGGAGUUCCAGGAGGCCUAUUGUGAGCUGUGCACACGACCCGAUGUUUACUUCCUGCUGGUCCAGCUGUCCAAGGACCGAGAGUGCUUGGAUGCCCAGGACCUGAGGCUCUUCCUAGAGACAGAGCAGGGCCUUUCCCUGGCCACGGCUGAAGGGUGCCUCAACAUUGUGCACCGCUUUGAACCAUCUGCCGAGGGCCGAGAGAAGGGCUUGCUCGGCCUGGACGGCUUCACCCGCUACCUGCAGUCACCUGAAUGCAACCUGUUUGAUCCCGAGCACCAGCAUGUUUGUCAGGACAUGAGCCUUCCGCUUUCACAUUACUACAUCAGCACCUCUUAUCGCUCCUACCUGCUGGAGGACCAGGUCCAUGGGCAUGCCGAACUUGGGGGGCUCUUGCAUGCCUUGCAGGUCGGGUGCCGCUGCCUGGAGCUCGGUGUAACAGAUGGUCCGGAGGGAGAGCCCCUUCUGGGGAUGGAGCACAAUUUGCAGCGUCACCACCUCCCUGGCGCAGCUCCCCCCAUCACAAUUCGCAGUACACUGGAGGUAGUCAACAAGUAUGCCUUUGUGACCUCGCCAUACCCGCUGCUGCUCUAUUUGUGCCAGCAUUGCUCCCCAUCACAACAGCGAGUGCUGGCUCAGCAGCUGUGUAGUAUAUUUGGGUCCCGCCUCUACAUCCCUUCCAUCCAGAAUGGGACACUAAGCGGCCGAGGGUCUCAGCUGCCCUCCCCAGAGGAGCUGAAGGGCCGAGUGCUUAUUGUAGGCAAGAAACUACCUCCAGAAGAAGAAGGCUCAGAGGGAGACGUGUCUGAGGAAGAAGACGAGAUUGGAGGCGGGGGCCCGCUGGCAGGCCGACGAAUGACAAUCCCUGGGGAGGAAGAGCUGGGCGUUGUCUUGGUGGUGCCCCCGCCCUCACAGCCGCACCGGUUGCGUCUGUGUAGGGAGCUCUCUGAGCUGGUGGCUGUGGCUCGUUCCAGCAGCCGCAUCUUCUACAGCCAGAGAGCCAUGCAGAGCUCACCACCCGGCACCCCUGGCACCCCUAGUACCCCCAGCACACCCAGCAGCCCCUUCCCCCAAGAGAACAUUUGCUGGAUGCUCUGCUCUCUUGGGGAAGGAGAGGCAGGCCGGCUGGCUAGCGAGACCCCCGAGGAGCUGGUAGGCUUCACCAAGCGGACACUGACACGGGUCCGGCCCAGUUCAGUGCGGCUGGACUCUAGCAACCCCAACCCCCAAGAGUACUGGAAGGGGGGCUGCCAGCUGGUGGCACUCAACCAGCAGACUCCCGGGGCCAUGCUGGACCUACACCGGGCUCGCUUCGCUGCCAACGGGUGCUGUGGCUUUGUGUUGCGGCCUGCUGUCAUGCGAGAGGAAGUGUCCUACUUCAGUGCUAACACCCAGGACUGUGUGCCGGGUGUACCACCUCAGACCCUGCGGGUCAAGGUGAUCAGUGCCCACAGCCUGCCAAAGCCACAGGGUGCGGGCGCCAAGGGGGAGGUCAUUGACCCCUAUGUGGUGCUGGAGCUGCAUGGAGUGCCUGCUGACUGUGCAGAGCAGCGCACCCGCACUGCAGCUCAAAAUCAGGACGACCCUCUCUUUGAUGAGACCUUCGAGUUCCAGGUAAAUCUGCCAGAGCUGGCCCUCCUUCGCUUUGUGGUUCUGGAUGAUGACUACAUUGGUGAUGACUUCAUUGGCCAGUACAGCAUCGCAUUGGAGUGCCUCCAGCCUGGCUACCGCACCGUGCCCUUGUUAGGGCUCGCCGGAGAACCAUUGCCACAUGCCAGCCUCUUUGUGCAUGUGGCUGUUACGAAUCGCCGUGGCGGGGGCAAGGCUCACCGGAGGGGGCUUUCUGUGAGGAGGGGCUCACGGCGAGGCCGCAACUACGUCACUCUUCGCAGCACUGGCAUCAAGGUGCUGGACGACACCUUUCGCUCAGCAGCCACGCCUCUAAAGGAGGCGGCCGACCUGCGGGAGAACGUGCAGAACGCCACAGUGAGUUUCAAAGAGCAAUGUGGCCUCCCCCCGGUGGCCAACGUGAAGCAGUGCAUCCAAAGCCUGGCUCCCCGUCUGCAGACUGUUGAAAGGCCCCCAGGGGCCUACCUUGCCUUAAAAGAAGGUUACCCCUGUUUGGAGGUGCUCGGAAGUCUGUCUGACACCACACGUAAACUGCUCGCUGCCUACGACACAAUGGUUGUGGCACACAGGCAGCUGAUUGAAAACGCCGACGCCGUACAUGAGAGGAUUGCCCAGGUGCAAAAAGAAGGGAUGGAGUUCCACGAAGAUCUGCCCCGGCUCGGAGAGAAGGAGGGCCUGAAGGGGCGCAAGCAGAGCAAAGCAGUGGAAAGCUUUGCCUGGAAUAUCACAGUGCUGAAGGGCCAGUGUGACCUGCUGCGUGGAGCCAAGAUGGAUGCUCUGGAUGCCCUGCGGCAGCUGGCCCUGGCGUGUGAGGCCUGCGGCCUCGUGGCUCCCUCGGCUCUUCACGGCACUUCGGCAGUCCUGCAGCUGGCCAACCACAACGCCCACGCACGCAGGGGCAGCGCCCAGGGGAACGGCCGGGUCUGAAAGCCACGCGCCCUCAUGAGAGCGACAGAAAGAGGGAGCUGAAAGUCAAAACGAACCAACGAAUGAAUGAACGCGACGUGUGGAAGCGCCCGAGGUCUGACGCUACAGGAGUGUUGGAGGGAAUAUUGCUCUGCUGUUUUCUAAGCCUCGGUCCAGAGGAAGGUGUUAAACGGCUGCGCUCCAUGCUUUCGGUUCUUUCCCUCUGGCGGGGUUCUGUGCAACCUUGCACAUGGAGGGAAGUGCGAGUUUUUGAGUGCGUCCUGUAACUUUCACUGUGGCGGGUAACACGUGGACUGCAGUGUCGCGUCGCCGCUCUCUUUCACUUCCACCGUCACGAUGUGAGAGGUGCGAGGGAUGCCCUUGACCCCCUGCAUCCCUCUUUAAGGCUUUGGUGCUUUUCUCACAUCUCAUCAUACUUUGAUAUUUGCUUCUGCUUCAGCUACAUCUGUAUAAAUAAGGAGCAGGUUGUGUUUUUUUCUGUGUUUCUACGUUGGAAAUCAGGUUACAGCACGCUGCCCCUUGGGCUUCCUCUCUUGUACCCUGAUGUGAACCUUUGACUUUGUGUGGUGGACUAAAAGUCAUAUGUUUCUUGGCGUGAUGCUGAUGUCACCUGAAUGUGGUGGAAGUGGCCGCAGGACCCACGUGAGACUGAAUGUGAGAUGACGAUGCAUGGCGGAAAUGAUCGGGGCCACUAACACACAGUGUGAGUUGAGCUCUUUCACCAGCGGGUCACAGGAGUGGUGCAGCACAAGUGUUAUUAGCGCCUGUGAGCAUCGCAUUGUCAAAUGGCAGCACUGGGCUGUUGUUGCUCCAGCUGAGAAAUGUGCAAACCUCACUGCUCUACUUUGGCUUUUAAUUUGACCUAUUUAAAAAAAAACUAUAUGUAUAAAUAUAUAGUCUUUUUAUAUAAAAAA